UUCUGUUUACUGGCUAGGUGAUCAUUGUCCUCGACGCUACUGAAGAUGGAUUUACUUCAUAUUUUGCAGACGAACUUUGUGUCUAUUGUAAUGGGCUUAGUCGUUAUUAUUUUACUGUGGAUGAAUCGAGGCAAACAAAGCAGCUCACGUUUGCCGCCCGGUCCUGCACCGAUUCCUCUGCUCGGUAACUUGUUACAAAUGGAUGUGAAGGCGCCUUACAAGCUCUACAUGGAGCUCAGUAAGAAGUAUGGCUCAGUGUUUACUGUAUGGCUGGGCUCCAAACCUGUAGUGGUGGUCUCUGGCUAUCAGGCUAUCAAGGAUGCGUUUGUCAACCAAGGAGAAGAGUUCAGUGGCAGAGCCAACUACCCCGUGAUCAUGGCAAUCUCUAAUGGAUAUGGGGUGUUGGUGAGCAGUGGGAAGAGAUCUAAAGAUCUUCGCAGGUUCUCCCUGAUGACCCUGAAAAACUUUGGGAUGGGGCACAGGAGCAUCGAAGAACGGGUCCAAGAAGAGGCUAAGAUGUUGGUGAAAGCCUUAAGUGAAUAUGGAGAUUCAGUUGUCAAUCCCAAAGAAUUGCUUUGCAAUUCUGUUGGCAAUGUGAUCUGCUCCAUAGUCUUUGGGCACAGGUUUGAAAAUGAUGACCCAAUGUUUCAACUCAUCCAAAAGGCUGUUGAUUACUACUUUCAUGUCCUAAGCAGCCCUAUAGGAGCGAUGUACAACAUGUUCCCUAGAAUCGUUUGGUGCUUUCCAGGCAAACACCAUGAGAUGUUUGCUAUCGUAAACAAGGCCAAAGAUUACAUACAAGGGCAAGCAGAAAUCCGUCUUAAAACCCUGGACACCUCUGACCCUCAGGACUUCAUCGAGGCCUUCCUGGUUAAAAUGCUCGAGGAGAAGGAUAAUCCCAACACUGAGUUUAACUAUGAGAACAUGGUGAUGACUGCAUGGAGCCUGUUUGCUGCUGGAACAGAAACCACAUCAUCCACCCUAAAACACUCAUUUCUGAUGAUGAUGAAGCACCCUCACAUUCAAGAGAGAGUUCAGAAGGAGAUAGACGAGGUGAUUGGCUCAAGAGUGCCCACGGUUGACGACAGAGUUAAAAUGCCCUACACGGACGCUGUCAUUCACGAAGUCCAGAGAUACAUGGACCUCAGUCCCACCUCUGUCCCCCACAAAGUGAUCAGAGAUACAGAGUUCUAUAACUACCACAUUCCAGAGGGUACCAUGGUCCUGCCUCUGCUGUCCUCUGUGCUUGCUGAUCCCAAACUGUUUAAGAACCCAGAUGAGUUUGACCCAGAGAACUUCCUGGAUGAAAAUGGAUGCUUCAAGAAAAAUGAUGGAUUCUUCGCUUUUGGAGUAGGGAAGCGGGUGUGUCUGGGAGAGGCUCUGGCCAGAGUGGAGCUCUUUCUCUUCUUUACCUCCCUCCUGCAGCGCUUCACUUUCACCGGCACCAAACCUCCAGAGGAGAUCAACAUCGAACCAGCGUGCUCCAGCUUUGGCCGCAUGCCGCCUUCCUAUGAUUGCUACAUCAAACUCAGGGCUGAGGAGUGACCACUCUACUGUGGAGCAGCCACAGGCUGAGCUUCACAGGCAGCUGCUUGUCAUUGUACAGUAACCAUAGCCUUAAAUUGACCACCUUUUUUUCUUGUAGACAACUAUAGACAGGGGUUAGUGAGUUGUAUAUCUUGCUAUUAUCCUCUGGUAGGAUCUCUGAGGUAUGGCUUGUUAUUUCAAGAUGAAUUUCUGUCCACAAAUGUAUUUUUUUAAACUUGUUUUUGGUCAGGUUUCAAGGAUUCCCUUCAGAGAUGUUGGUUACCAUAUCUCUAUAUUGUUGAUCACAUUCCCCUGCUUUGUACCCUUGUAAAAUAGGAAAAAAUGUCAGCGCAGGUCAAUAAGUUAGGAUUAAGUUCUCUAUUCAAAUGUUAUGGUGAGAGGACUAAAAGUUUCUGGUGGUAAAAUGUAAGCAACUGAAAUUGGUAUUGUUUUGUAGGUUGCUGCGCGGUUAGGACUGGGGGUCACAAUAUGUUAUUCUGCUUUUGUAUUCAACAUGAUUGAUGUAUUGUAACACAACAUUUGGUUGUCACUUUUGCUUCAACUAAUAAAUAGUAAUGCACAUUUCA